UGCAGAGAUCACGCAGAGUUUGUGUGAAGUGGAUUUGUCAUCAGAAUUACAGCAGAAAUGUCAGAUAUAAACUUUAAAUGCCUCCGCCUCCUCCGGAAACAUGAGUCACAGUGGAACUUCCUGUUCUUUGUGUUCUGCUCGUUCGCUUCGAAGCUGUUGUUAUCAUAAGGAGAAAUGGCUCAGGGAGGAAAUCAGGUGGACCGAGAAAGAUUCUGCUGCUCGAUCUGUUUGGAUCUACUGAAGGAUCCAGUGACUGUUCUCUGUGGACACAGCUUCUGUAUGAACUGUAUUAAAAGCCACUGGGAUGGUGAGGGUGAGAAGAUGAUCUACAGCUGUCCUCUGUGUAGAGAGACCUUCAGACCGAGGCCUAAACUGAUGAAAAGCACCAUGUUAGCAGAUUUAGUGGAGGAGCUGAAGAAGACUGAAGUCCAUGAUGCUUCUGCUGAUCCCUGCUCUGCUGGAGCUGAAGAUGUGGCCUGUGAUGUCUGCACUGACAGGAAACUGAAAGCUCUCAAGUCCUGUUUGGUUUGUUUGGCCUCUUACUGUGAGGAACAUCUCCAGCCUCAUUAUCAAUCACCUGCAUUUAAGAAACACAAGCUGGUGGAGCCCUCCAAGGACCUCCAGGAGAACAUCUGCCCUCGUCACAAUUUGGUGAUGGGCAUGUUCUGUCGCACUGAUCAGCAGUGUAUCUGUCGUCUCUGCUCUGUGGAAGAACAUAAAAACCACAACACGGUCUCGGCUGCAGUAGAGAGGAUGCAGAAGCAGAGAGAGCUGCAGCUGAGUCUCCAGAGACUGCGGGACAGCAAGAGCAUGCAGAUGCUUACAAAGGAGGUGAGGGCUAUUGAUCUCUCUGCUGAUAAAGCAGUAAAGGACAGUGAGAAGAUCAUCAGUGAGCUGAUCCGACUCCUGCAGGAAAGAAAAUCUGAGGUGAAUCAGCAGAUCAGAUUCCAGCAGAAAACUGAAGUGAGUCGAGUAAGAGUUCUUCAGAUGAAGCUGCAGCAGGAGAUCACUGUGCUGAAUUGGAGAGAAGCUGAACUGAAGCCGCUUCUGAACUCAGAGGAUCACACCCAGUUUCUCCUCACCUACCUCUCAGUGCCAGCACUCAGUCCAUCUACACACUGGUCCAGCAUUCACAUCCAACCUCGGAAAUACUUUGAGGAGGUGACGUCAGCUGUGGCAAAGGUCAGAGAUCAAGUACAGCACGUUCUGACUGAGACACAGAACAAUGUCCCAAGGACAGAGACUAAAGUGGACGUUUCACUAUCACAGCCACAGCCAGAGACCAAAGAAGACUUCCUCAGAUAUUCACAGGCAAUCACACUGGAUCCAAACACAGCAAACACUUGUCUGGUGUUAUCUGAGGGAAACCGAACUGUAGCAGCAGUGUGGGAAGCGCAGCCUUAUCCUCAUCACCGAGACAGAUUCACUCAUUUGUGUCAGGUCCUGAGUAGAGAGAGCAUGACUGGGCGUUGUUACUGGGAGGUUAAGUGGACAGGAAGAGGACUUCGUGUAGCACUGACGUACAAGAACAUCGGUAGAUCAGGGAGAUCGGGAGAAUGUGUGUUGGGAAACAAUGACAACUCUUGGGCUUUGGAUUGUUCUAACAACUGUUGUGAGUUUUUUCACAAGGGGAUCAAGACCAAAGUGUCAAGUGGUUUGUCCUGCAAAAUAGGAGUUUACCUGGACCACAGUGCAGGUCUUCUGUGCUUCUACAGAGUCUCUGACACCAUGACUCUCCUCCACAGAGUCCACACCACAUUCACUCUGCCUCUCCAUGCUGGAGUUAGGCUUAAUUUUCCCGGAGCCGUAGCUGAGUUCUGUUAAUAGAGCUGUUUACGGAGCAGUCAGAAAAAUAAACCAAGGAAAAACGUAGCAUAGUUUUAACACUGUGCUUGGUUGAAACAACCAAACGUUAAACGCACAGAUGAACGGACUUUUCUCCACAUGAAAACACAAACUGCUCUGUUGAAUAUUUGUGUUGACGUGUUUUGAGCAGCGUCGUUUCUCUAUAAUUAGGUUUUAACGUGUUUUUUUGUUCUGAAAAAGCUGAUGUUUUGUACAUUCAUGAUCUGCUGAUGUUUUUAUGAAAUUGUAAUGACUGUGAUCGUCGUCAAUGAGGUCGAUGUUUUUUUUCUUUGUGAGAUUGGGGUGAAACUAAAUUCUGUUUGUCUGAAGUGAAUCUGAGGAACAAGAGUCCCUGAACAGACAUUUUCUAAAUCAAUAUGAGGGAAUACAUUGAAGCUUAAAAUAAAUAAGGUGAAUAAACAUAGACUUUUCUUGUGUUGUGGAUCUCAUUCAAACACAUUUCAGCAAAUAAGAAAAAAACAAGAAAAAAACACAAGAAGUAAACAGGGUAAAUAGUAUGGUAGAAAUAAUGCAUGCAUAGUAUUGUGUUUUUAUACAGUAACACAAUGGUAAUAUUAAACCUGUAGUAUAAGAAACAACAAUAAAAUAAUGAUCCAGCUUCAACUUCCAUCAAUGCCUGAAGACCAGGAUAUCACAUUUUAACAGCACAGUUAUCACUGUGCUCCU